AGGUGAUUGAAUGACAUGAGCUCGCGGUCAGAUAUACGUUGUCCUUCAGUGGCAGCGAUCGGUCCUUGAAUGAAAGAGACCGCAGCUCCCAGUUCAUUUCCUCUCCUUUCACUUAUUCCGUUCUGUCACAUGCAGAUUAGCAAUUAACUUAGUCAAGCGACUGCAUCAACCAGGUAGGAGUUCUAGGUGUAUUGGCUCUUCAGCAGCCAACAAUGUCCGCGAGAAUACUCAGCGGGCCCUAACCUAACCUUCUAAGACUUGUUCUAAGAUUGUAACCUUACUCUUGAAUGAUUCUAGGACUAUGAGUCUAUAGAGAAUCUUGUUCACAUAUUUUGGUCGUUAUGAUCGUAGACUGCGUAAUUCACCAAGCAAAAAUUUAUCUAGUUCUCUCAUGAUCGUCUGUCUGAUUUUGCCUAAAUUGAUCUCGCUCAUAUGACUCGUAUGAUGUGUCGCGAAUAUUACUUAAUAUAUUAGAUUGCCCAUUUAUAGUCAUGAUCACCUCAGAUGAAGAAAGCUUGAGCUAGUAGUAUCGCGUCUGCAAGAACGUAGAUGAAUGGAGGAAGGCUCCUUCGAAAUUCGUAUUUUUAGUCGAUGUGUUCUGCUUUGGUGCAGGAUCCACGGGUACCUUUGUUAGAACAAGGUUUUCGAUCGUCGACGAGAGUGAUUAUGAGAGGAAAUUCACCUGCAAGUGCAGCGAGAGAUGAAGCGGGUAAGUGAUGUCGUCUUGUUACAUGCAGCAAAUAGGAGGAUUUUUUAGUACUAAAGAGGGCUCAUAUUACAACUUUCUGAACAUCAACAAAUAUUAAGUCAGCGGCGACAAUCAUGAUCCAGGAAAAGGGAACAACCGCCCCCUUGAUGAAGGUUUCUAGUUCAUCAAAAUCUUCUUGGUGCUUGCUAAAUUUGUGAGUCUUAUUGGCGUAUGGCUAUGUCCUCUUACACUGUAGUUGUGUUCCUAGAUUAAUAAUUUGAACUCUUCAGGUUGUUCCACCGCGUACUUGUAACAAGAGAAAAUGUCACAACCACGACCAGAGUUGCAUCAGCAGAAUCGCAGGGGGACCCCAUUGCUCAGUCCAUCUUCCUCGGAAGUAUAUUCUGUCAGUUCGUUACAUUCGAUGUAUGAUGAUUAUCAUGCAUCUUCAAACGCUGACACGACCACUGGGACUGGCGGAGAAAGCGCACCCCCUCGUCAACAACCACAAGCAUCCCAGCAAAGGAUAUGCCGAAUCUGUCUCGAGAGUGACCAAGAUUCAUCCAGGUCGUCGUGUAUCGAACCACGAACUCUGAUCGCACCUUGUCUUUGUCGCGGCAGUGCACAAUGGGUCCAUCGUGGCUGUCUAGAUGCGUGGCGGACUCAGGGAAGUUCCGUCAAUGCCACAGCGUUUACGCACUGUUGCGAGUGCGGUUUCGAGUACUCUUUGAGAUACGUUGUCGAGUCCACGGAAAGCAGAGAUGCAAGAUCUCAACGCUUGGCAGAUUUUCGGAAAAAACUGGUGAAGAGAAGCUGUGCCACUUUUGUGGGUGUGCAGGUUUUGAUAGUGGUUUGUGCGGUGCUAACCUGCAUACUAGAUGAAGAAUUGUUUGAUAAGGAGCUACGAAGAGCGCUCCCGAGAUGGAUCCGAUACAGCCCUGAAGAAGUUUUGCUGUCGAGGAAAGGGGUCUAUUACAUCUACGGGGCGGUGGAAGGUACUAUAAUUGCUCAUACAACUACAGGAGAAUGUUUUUAUUUUUUUCAAGCUAGAACGAAGUUAGUAUAUUCAUCAUAUUUGUGAUGUGCUUCAACAUUUCAUCCUUUUGAGUCAUUUCUAGUCCUGCCAGACUAACGCUAUCCAGAUUUUCACCAUUGUAAUAUCCCGCAUUUCAGUUACGAUCCUUUGCGCUUUCUGCUGGACGAUUUACUCGGUUUACACGUUGCUAUUGCGACUACUGCUAAGACAAGAUCAAAGUGAAACGAGAGGAGCUACAAGUACAAUUGCAGCUGGUAAUGGCCCAGCAGGUGGACGAAGCGAACCCCCGACAACUGCUCUUUUAGCGGCGAGGCCAUUAGAGGAGCCACGACAAGGACAGCAGCUACAGCUGCGAGGACCUGCACAAGAAGUUCUUAUGCAGCAAGAGGGCAUUAGGCAUUUUCACGCACCUCCAGAUGCCGACGCGAAUCCUGGUGGUUUCAUUCGUCCUUACGAGCAGAAUAGAGAUUGGCUUGGCGGUCGUGCUUUUGUGAUGCGUGGUCAAUACCAUGACUUUGCUCGAAGGAGACGGAUCUUCCCAUCUACUUCUGGGAGGUGGAGAUGGAGGUGGUUUGAUAGGGCUCCGGCGCCACCUUGGGUUUUCUGGAUUACGAGAGGGCAGCCUGCUGCUGCGCCGUUGGUGUGGACUCCUCCUGGUUACUUUCGAAGACGUAGAGGUGGCAUGAGGAUACAUUGCCUUUUGUGCAACGUAUGUACUCUUGGUGGACGGCUGAUCUACUGUUUUUUCGCAACCUUGGGGAAUUCUUUGGCGUUGAUCUGCAAAUCGUGCUGUUGCUUUUGUCGGAAUAACUGCUGUAUUCGUGGAAUUUCAUCCUGGCGACAAGUGCGGUUCUUUGACGUUGAUCGAAGAAUGAUCUUGGUGCUUGCAGUGAUGAUAACGAUGCUCUGUUCUUUUGUGGGAUUGGUUUCCGGUCUCUUCUGCCUGAUUUCGGCGGUUCAUGGCUUGUAUGUGGAAUACACGAGACUAAAACAAUUGCAAGUUUUAUCGCAUCGAUAUGUGGUUGAAGAUCUUUCAUCCACUGUAAGAGCAGAUGAAGGACGAGACGGGGAUGGUACAGGAAGGGAUUCGCCAGGAAAUGUUGGUGGCAAGGGUACGACAUUGAAUGAACAACGAGUCGAAAGUCCCACUUCUAGUUCAGCAACAGCAGCCGCAGCCUCAACGUCACCGAGCACGUCCUCACCCCAAGCUCAAUCAAGUCCCAUCAUAACCCAGCCCCUUUUACCGCCAGGCUUUGUGCACUCACCAGGCGCCAACAUGGGACGAGGUAGCGUCACACAUUUGAUCCAGUAUCAUGGCAUGUUUCUGCCUGUUUCUGCUAGUGAUUACCAACAAAACGCGGUAGUUUGGCCCACCCUACCCGAAGUAGAGAGCCUGGAAGAAAGCGAUAGACCUAGCGCGCCACCGUCAAACAUAGAGGAGGUCGAAGUGGAGCGAGCGAUGCAACCACAACCAGCUAGUACUGAAGAAGCACAUGAUGAUGACGUUUCAAGUCAACCAAGUGCUCCACCAGCUGAUGACGUCCACCUGACGUUUAUUGACGCUCCGAUUCCGACGCAGGUGUUACAAGCUAGGCUACGUCACGACUUGCGGGAUUUCGCGAACGUUUCGAUGUAGUGGCCGCGAAGAAGAUCGUCUGACCAGCCCAAAUGCGGAUGAAUUCAUAGAGAAAAAGGUUAUAAGGUAAAGGUUAUAAGGUUUACUUUGUUUGCAUGUUUUGCAAAGAUGUCUUCGACGGCUAAACCCUGCUGUGUAUGCUUCCACGUGACGCCAUAAAUUUCAGAUAGACUACCAAUAUCAUCGCAGAACUGUGUUUUGUUUUCUUGCAUGCAUGCCCAUGGUAUUUUUUGGCAGAAUUUGUGACUUCUUGAGAUGCUCAUGGUCUUUCUCAACCUACAACAUCUAAUGACAAGAUAUCACUCCAUUCCAUCCUGGAAUGAAAGAAAUGUCCCAAUCCUGAUUUCUGGUCGUAGAAACGCCAAACCAACUACACCUCCAAUCUCCUUGAAGAUCAGGAGGUUGAAGAUCAGCUCACAUCACAACUUGUCAUGCCAUAUAGCAUGUUCGAAGUGGUGCGUGUACCAACAGAAGAUGAAGAACAAAAAAUCCACAAAAGUUUGCAAAAUCGGGACGAGUAGCUUUCUUUUGAC